AUGAUAUUCUUCAAUCUGCCCGCGGAGACUUUGAUCAGAAUCGCGGGAACAUGCCAUGCCUUCGUGGAGGCUGCGGCCUACGUCCUCCGAACUAGAAUGCCUUGUGCCUUCGAUAUUCCCGACCUUAAUUUGCUCUUCAAAUUUGGAGCCCCGGAUACUUACCUUGAAAGUCUGAAGUGCAAGUACUUGGGCAUUAAAGGACUCAAUACAUCUCUACCAGGCCCGCGAGUACUGGCAGAUGCGGUUGCCGUGUUCCAUCCAACAGCGUACUCGCCUGCGGAGAUGCCUGAAGGAGGAUCGGCAGGCGAGUCUCUGGCACGAGAGGUGGCCUUCGAAAACUCGGAAAAAUUUGUCCAAUUCACGGGCAAUCUAUCCGUGGUAUUGACCCUGGCAAGAGCAUUCAUCGCAGAUGGUACAAAGAUUGGAGGAACAAUGGUCAUUCGGCUCCAGCGGGACUGGCUCGAGAAGGAGACUUCCAAGCUUAUCUCCCUGGACCACCAGGGCACAAUCAGAAUUCUGAUCGAAGCACGGAAGACUGGGAUCCGUGAUGCCUUUGAGAUUCACGUUUCUGGUAAGACAGAACUUCACAAGCAAUGCUGA